CCAAACUACCUAGCUAGGUAGAAUCGGCAAAAUACCUACCUAGUAAAACUACCUACGACGGUAACUUCUCUUGCACCAUCCUACCUAGCUACCUAGGUAAACUUGACAGCUCGCGUUUUUAGGAUUUGUUUUGAUUGGCUGUUCGGCGACGAAUUAUUCGUGGGCGCAAACAAAUAGUAAGCAAAGAAAACUAAUAAAUGGAUAUUGUUUCUAUAAAUAUAUAUUUUGGUAUUAUGAAAUCAUUUUUCAUUUAUGUAAAUACCGAUGAAAGCUGCCUAGCUAUCAAAUUAUUUGAACAAAUAGGCUUCGUUUCCAUGGCAACGAGUGAGUCUUUAAUGAGGCUGUUUUGUUACGGAGGUUUAUCGCGUUGAUACGGAGAAGCACCUCAGUGUACCUAUGGAGUAUGUGGUCAAUUAUAUUAUUAUUCACUCAUAAAGGAUUGAUUUAUCAUUGUCUUAAACAUUUUAUAAUGCCUAAUUUACAUCAAAGUACCCGUGGAUUAUCAUGUAUUGUGCCUAUUAUUACUAAUUGAAUCAUUUUACCUAAGGUUUUGCUAGUUAUUUUGGAAGCCCGAGUUUACCGUCAAAUCGUCAAAAAUUCCUCCGCGAGUACCUCUUUCCGGCUUUCGGUGCAAGAGGAAAACAGCCGGUCGGACUUUAACAACUGACGACAAUGAAGCCGCUAUCAAGAAGGCCAUUCUGCGCGAUCGGCACUAUGACGUCACGACCCGGCCACCCAACAAUCGACAGGGUCCCACGGCCACCUUCAUCACGCUCAUGAUGCGCAGCUUUCAAAUUGACGAAUAUCAGCUGACCGCAACCAUCAACGCCUGGACUGUUAUGGUUUGGAUGGAUCGUCGACUCACUUGGCAGCCAAGUGACUACGGAAACACCAGAGUGGUUCUCAUGUACAGCUCACAGAUAUGGCUACCCGACAUCUAUCUCAUGAACGGUGUGACCCACCUGGAGCCGAUCUACAUGCACGCGCCGGUGCCGGUCAACAGCACCGGCCUGGUGGUGUGGGUGACACCGUCCACCUUUCGCGUGCGCUGUCAGAAGGAGAUGGCCAACUGGCCGUACGACCAGCAGAAGUGCACCGUGAUACUCUCCUCGUGGUCGCUGGACAGAGACACCCACGAAGUUAUACCGGCUACCCACGACGGGAAACUGGUGCUCAGUAACGACAUGGUCAAGACGGACUCGCACUGGCGCGUCACCUCGGUCGACGGCUCGCUGGUGAACACCACCUACAACUGCUGUCCCGGCUCCGUGUGGCACGAGCUGCACGUGGAGAUGCACGUGGCCAGAGUGUCGCUGCUCUAUGCCAUGUCUUUCAUCCUGCCGUGCCUCGGGCUGACUGUUCACGUGCUGCUGGUGUUCUGGAUACCCCCGGACUCGCCCGCCAAGGUGAAAGUGGCCACCAUCCACUCGGUGGCGCUAAUAUUCUUCCUGUUCAACCUCUUCUGGUGGAUGCCUCCUGUUGGUGGAACCUCUGUACCAAAACUCGUGUCGUUCGUCAGCGCCAGCCUGUCGCUGAGCGUCGUGUCGGCCGUGGCGGCUGUGGUCGCCUCCAACCUGGUGACUCGGUGCCAGCCGCCUCCGGCACCGGUGCUCGCCGUCUUCACUGGACUCGUCGGCACCGUGCUGCGGCUCGGCGACCUCAACCAACAGUUGCAGAGCACGCGCGCGCCCUUCGCCGAGGACGGGGCGCCCGUACAGGACAAGGAGGCCACGGCGGCGGUGCGCCGCGCCGAGUGGCGACUGGUGGCCGCCGGCGCCGACCGCUGCCUCUGCCUGCUCCAGCUGGCCGUCUUUGUGUUCCUCUCGCUCGCCUGUUUGACGUAGACGGCGCGUGGCCGCCAACUCCGCUACCUGCUACAUAGACGGCGUGUGCACGGUCCUCCAAACAGGCGGAGCUGCGUCUCUCUCACCCAGGCGGACGCUUAAUUACAACCAAUUUGUGUACUUGAUGAAUGAUUGACACUUACCAGUACGUACUGUGUACACCUCGAAAGUUAGAGCAGAACUAUUACUUGACCUAUGAGUGUAUGGAGAUACAGCCCCGUCCCACUGCACGGUACACAUUCCAAUUUUGGCAAAACGGAGAAUAACUCAGGAUAAUUACUAAUUAGCAUUAAUUCGGAAAUAACAACCACAAAAUGUACGAUGAUUUGCGCCCCAGAUUGAGCCCAUCAUUGACUGAACUUUCCUCAGUUUGGCAGCAAUAUCCAAAACUCUGCAAUCUGUAUUCUGGCGAAACACAAACUUUGGCCUGUUGCAGCCAAACAGUGCAGGAAACUAAGGCGACUUGGGAUGGAGCUUAGGUGUGGAGCAUCACACCUCCGCAUUAUGUCUUCCGAGCGACCGAUAAAUUGGCCGCUGAGCUGUGCUCCGCUUUGCAGAAACAUGGAUCGCUAGCGGCAGUGUGACGGAGCCUGAAUAUUGCACCAUGGCACAUGUGCUCCAUGUGAAUACCUAUUUAAGAAAUACUACUUACAUAAGUAAGCCAUGACACAUUUUGCUGUCUCUUGUAUUCGUUGACAUAAUUGUAUCUGUCCUACUUACCAAUAAACUGAAAUACAUGUAGCGUAGGUAUCCACUUAAAAACGUUGCAUCUUUUGUAAAUAUGUUUCUAGUAUUUGCAACGAUAAAACUGAUCACUUUUAUCUCAUUAUAAAGUAAGGAUAGUCUAUCAUUACUCUUCGCAGUCCAUGUUUCAAUGAUUACCUACAAAAAACGACCGAGGAAACGAUAAGUUGCGCUUCUUAUCCAUAAACUAAAUGAUGUUCAGCACACAGUUCAUAUAUGUACUCUAACUACAAUGAUGGACUCAAAGAGAGCGAUAGAGAUAGAGAUGGAUAGAUAGAGAGAUAGAGAGAGAGAGAAAGACAGAUAGAUAGAGAGACGAAAGGAUAGAGAGAGAGAGAGCGAGAGGGGGAGGAAGAGAGAGAGAGAGAGAGAGAGAGAGAGAGAGAGAGAGAGAGAGAGAGAGAGAGAGAGAGAGAGAGAGAGAGAGAGAGAGAGAGGGAGAGAGAAAAGAGACAGAACCAAAGCAUAGAGUCCAAUCGGAGUCAAAACAUAGAAGAUUGUCAAAGCAACAGAAACGUUUUUCCUUCCUAUGUCCAAGUCCUUAGGCCUCUUGUCCGAUGUCGCCUUGAAAUUAUUGCGUAGUGAAGUAACGCGUUUCCCUACAGCUCUGCAACUAUCUGCUCUCUGGCAUCCAUAUGAACAUGGGCCAGCUUGACAAGUAAGCACAGCACCCACUAGAACAAUAGGCAUCAUUUGAUGUGAACUAUUGAAUCUCAGAGACUGCAUGUAGCCAUUGCUCAAGCAGCCUCAAAAUCCCUGACUCCCGGUCCUGAGCUGCGUUCAUACCGCAUGAUCGAAGCCGUGUCUAACAUCUAGGCCUGUAGGCCUACUUCGUACCUACCGUGGACUCUGAAACUUUUAUCAUGCUUCUGUGUAAUCUGAAACUGUCCUUACUAUUUUGGUCGGUGCAAACGAUGUUAGAUGAAUGGCUCGUGCACGCCAUUGCCAGCUUGAUUCAGCAGCGCGCCCCUUUCAACAGUAACACAUCUGGUGUAAGUUACAUGUUCACUUCUAUAAUACAUUAUUCUGAAUUCUU